CUUUUGACUGCAUUAUAUGGUCUUGGAACAAUCUGCCGAUACACAUGCAUGAUUGCGUUUUUCUUGAAUGCUUGCAUCCUGUCGGCAAUUGCUAGUCUUGGAGCACUUGGAUAUCACUGCUUUCUAAUUUACUACUUUGCGAACAAUGGCACUUUUGAGAAUUGUGAAAUUUUUAAUGCUUGUUUGUAUAUCAUCGUUCCAAUGUGUGUGUUGGUUGUGCUUAGUUUCAUGGCGUUUAUCAGUGCUCUCGUUGGCUCUAUUUAUUGUUGCAGGGGUAUGUCCUCCCCUCCGCCCUCUACAUUGAUGGUAACCCAGCCCGCUACUGUGUACGCCCAGCCCCCUCAAAAUCAACAGGCUUAUGCCUACUAAGUACU